UAAACUGAAACCUUCUGUUUCAGCAGAACCAAUUUUCGCGAAUUAGUGUAAACUUUUAUUAUUCCAUUAACUUCAAAGGCCCGGGGUGACGUUGUAUGUUCAGUCUGCUUGGUCGCUUCCGAUUUCCAUUCCAGAAAAACAAAUACCACUGGCGGCUCAUCAACUUAAUUUACACAUUAAUUAUGUCGCAGGGUUAUUAUGUGCGGAUCUGCUGCCAUGCCCAAUCACUCCAUAUAUGGGCACGUUUCGUUAGCAUAAUUUAUUCCUACACAUUUCCGUUGACUUGCUGGGAGGCGGUGGGUGCUAGUGACGUCAUGUCAUCUCCGCCGCGCGCUAACGUAUGACGUCACGAGAUCGCAGGCGCUGCUUCUGUGCGCGCAACUCGCUAGGAUCGGAGAAUCAAUCACAUGGAGAAGAGAGGCUUGGCAAAAGCUGGAAGUAAAAGGCACCAAUGCAUCCAGUGUCCAUACAGCACAGAUCGGAUGGAUAACUUGAAGAGACAUCAGAGAAAACAUUCAGGUGAGAAUCCUUUCAAGUGCACUGUCUGUGGGAAGGAGUUUACAUUAACAGGAAAGCUAAAGAGGCAUGAGAAGAUCCACAAGAAGAAAGUGAAAUCGACUUGUGAAAGUCAACAUGCUGCAAUGACCCCAUCUCUCAUGAAACGGAGAUCAGACGAAAAUUCCAACUUGGCAACAUGGCCAGGAGUGACAGUGAAAUGUGAAGAAGUGAAAUGUGAAGAAGUGACGGUGAAAUGUGAAGAUCAAGAUUCGACUCCAGGAGCCAAUCUACAAGUGCAUGGAGGCAGCGUGAAGCAGGAGGAGCAUUCCGAUUCUGAGGGAGACCGAAUCAAUCACAUGAUGAAGAGAGGCAUGGCAAAGGCUGGAAGUAAACGGCACCAAUGCAUCCAGUGUCCAUACAGCACAGAUCAGAAUGGUAACUUGAAGAGACAUCAGAGAAAACACACUGGCGAGAAGCCCUUCAAGUGCAGUGUAUGUGGUAAGGCUUUUGCAGAGUCAGAAAAUCUUAAGAAACAUAAUAGAACACACACAGGUGAGAAGCCCUUCAAGUGCACUCUGUGUGGGAAGUCAUUUGCUCAAUCAAAAACUCUUAAAAUUCAUCAGAGAACACACAUAGGUGAGAAGCCCUUCAAGUGCAGUGUAUGUGGUAAGGCAUUUACAGAGUUAGCACAUCUUAAGAAACAUAAUAGAACACACACGGGCGAGAAGCCCUUCAAGUGCACUGUGUGUGGCAAGACAUUUGCUCGUUCAGAAACUCUUCAUAAUCAUCAGAGAACACACACCGGUGAGAAGCCCUUCAAGUGCACUGUGUGUGGGAAGGCAUUUGCUCAACCAUUAACUCUUCACAUUCAUCAGAGAACACACACCGGUGAGAAGCCCUUCAAGUGCACUGUGUGUGGCAAGUCAUUUGCUCAUUCAAAAACUCUUAAAAUUCAUCAGAGAACACACACAGGCGAGAAACCCUUCAAGUGCAGUGUAUGUGGUAAGGCAUUUGCAGAGUCAGCAUAUCUUAAGAAACAUAAUAGAACACACACAGGCGAUAAGCCCUUCAAGUGCACUGUGUGUUGGAAGGCAUUUGCUCUUUCAAAAACUCUUCAUGGUCAUAAGAGAACACACCAAGUUCAUACAUCCUACAAGUGCCUGGUGUGUGGGAAGGUAUUAGCUCAUUCAAUGUCUCUUAAGAAACAUAAGACAACACAUUCAGGUGAGAAUCCUUUCAAGUGCACUGUCUGUGGAAAGGCGUUUACAUUAUCAGGGAAGUUAAAGAGGCAUGAGAAGAUUCACAAGGAGAAAGUGAAAUCGACUUGUGAAAGUCAACAUGCUGCAAUGAGCCCAUCUCUCAUGAAACGAGAAUCAGAAGAAAAUUCCCUCUUGGCAACACGGCCAGGAUUGACAGUGAAAUGUGAAAAAGUUAAAUGUGAAGAAGUGACGGUGAAAUGUGAAGAUUCGACUUCAGGACCCAAUCUACAAGUGGAUAGAGGCAGCAUAAACGAGGAGGAGCAUUCCGAUUCUGAGGGAGAGCGAGGCAAUCCCCAGCAGUUUGUGGAUGUGGAGGUGUGGGUGGAGUUUUUGGACAAAGCUGAGUAGCAGGGGCCAGCACAUGUGAAAUGGAAUCUGGGAAGAUGUGUAACCAGGGGUUUGAGACAGAUUUUUCCAAAGCAUUCGCCUUAUUCACAGUCUUUUGUGAUUACAAAAAAUGCAUACGGGUGUCGGUGUCAUCCAAUCAGAGAUGAGCUGUAUGUACAUAUGAAGUCAUUGAGUGUCAAGUGAAAUACAGGCAGUCCCCCAGUUACAGAAGGGUUGGGUUACCGAAGGGUUAGGUUCCAGAGAUCCGCAACCCAAAUUUCCGUAUAUCAGAAACUGAACAGUUUUCUCCCAAAAUUGAGAUAAAAUCCCAUAGCUAGAGAGAGUUGUGCCUCCCCUACCGAAUUACUAGUUCGUUUUCUCUCAAUACUGUAUCGCGAUGUCAUCUGUUUUCUAUUGCACCUGUAUAUAUGCUCUGCACCUCCUAUGGUUCUUUCAUUUAAUAGAAUAUCGACCUCAUCCAUAAUUAAACUAAUGGAAAAUAUACUGUAUCCAAUUGUUUAUACCACUACAUUUUUAUAUUUAUUUCUAUCAGAAAGCAGUCAUUCCCGAAUGUUCGUUUACCGUGCAUUACACUAGGCCUAGACUUCUCCUAUUGCUGUUGGCUGAGACCAUAAAUAAUUGAAGUGUAAUUGUUUUUUUCCCCAUUUAUCUGCCAACAAAACUGACACCUUUUUUACAAGGAGUCAUGUUUUCAUUGACCACAAUACCCGAGACAGCUUUCCUUAGAGCCC